ACAGCUACUUAAGGUAAGAAAAAUUUGUCUCCAGGUUCUACUUCCAAUGUGAAAUAUAAUCAUUGAUUGUAUUUCUUCAAUUAAGAUAGCUUCUAUUGUGCCACCUUUAAAACAAAACAGAACAUUAGAUAGCAAUAUAUAGGCCACUUGAUAUAUUAUAAGACAAUAGAAACAGAAGCAGUCAUAAGUACCCCAUAUAAAUAAUUUUUACUAUUAAAAAUACUGGACAAAUGUACUGAGAAAUCAAGAGGAAAUGUUAUAGGGAGAAAACCAUUCUACAUGAAUCCUCAUCUUGGUUAGUAAGGAACAGAGAAAUGAAAUUGAGGCAUUUCCCUAAACUUAAAAAAAAAAAAAAUAGGUGAAUUUUUCACUUUUCUUUUGUGAAAGUGGCCAGAUAAAAUGUAAAAGAACAGUGAUGAGCUGGGUGGUGGAGGCAUACGCCUUUAAUCCCAACUCUCAGAGGCAGAGGCAGGCGGAUCUCUGUGAGUUCAAGGCCAGCCUGGGCUACAGAGUGAGUUCCUGGACAGGCUCCAAAGCUAGAGAGAAACCCUGUCUUGAAAAACAAAACAAAACAAAACAAAGAACGGUGAUGAAUCCAUAAUAAUAAAACUGGUGUCUUUGGGCACCUUGGGCAAGCAGAACCUACACUUUUAACAUCAAAUUAAAUCUUAGUGUUUUUUUGUUUUCUUGAAAUAGUAUCUUGUUCUGUACCCCUGGCUGGCCUGGAACUUGUGGUCUUCCUGUCUGUGCCUCCCAAGUACUGGGACCAUAAGACUGCACUACAAUGCCCAGCUUCGAUGACAUUUAAUCAUGUUACACUGUCAUGUCCAAAGGAACUAGCACUGAAACUGAUAUGUUCCUUCACUCUUUUCCCACAGACGGCUUUUCUUGUCUUUCUUCAGACGGCUGUCAUGGCUGAAAACACAGACAGAAACCAGAUUGAGAAAGUCCUAAGCAGAGUAAAGGAACUGGAGCAGGAGGUGAAAAGACUUAAGAAAGAACAGGCCAACAGUGUCAAAGACUCAAACAUCAGAGAAAAUUCUUUAGGCUCUGGAAAAGCUAAGCGUGCAUUUGAUUUCAGUGCUCAUGGCCGAAGACAUGUAGCUCUAAAAAUAGCCUACCUAGGCUGGGGAUACCAGGGCUUUGCCAGUCAGGAAAACACAAGCAAUACCAUUGAAGAGAAACUGUUUGAGGCUUUAACCAAGACCCGACUAAUAGAAAACAGACAGACAUCCAACUAUCACCGGUGUGGUCGAACAGACAAAGGAGUUAGUGCCUUUGGUCAGGUGAUUUCUCUGGACCUACGUUCUCAGUUCCCAAGGGGCAGGGAUUCAGAUGAUUCUAAUUUAAAAGGUGAUGAAGCCGAUGAUGUUGCUAAAGAGAUCCGUUAUACCCACAUUCUCAAUCGGGUGCUCCCUGCAGAUAUCCGAGUAUUGGCCUGGGCUCCUGUAGAGCCUAGCUUCAGUGCUAGGUUUAGCUGUCUUGAGCGGACUUACCGCUAUUUUUUCCCUCGUGCUGAUUUAGAUAUUGUAACCAUGAAUUAUGCAGCUCAGAAGUAUGUCGGCACUCAUGAUUUCAGAAACUUGUGUAAAAUGGAUGUGGCCAAUGGAGUGAUUAAUUUUCAGAGGACUGUUCUGUCUGCACAAGUACAACUAGUGGCUCAGAGCCUGGGUGAGGAGAGAAGGCAGGAACCUUUCCAGUUAUGUCAAUUUGAAGUGAUUGGCCAGGCAUUCCUGUAUCAUCAAGUCCGGUGUAUGAUGGCUAUCCUCUUUCUGAUUGGCCAAGGAAUGGAGAAGCCAGAGAUUAUUGAUGAAUUGCUAAACAUAGAGAAAAAUCCCCAGAAACCUCAAUAUAGCAUGGCUGUUGAAUUUCCUCUAGUCUUGUAUGACUGUAAAUUUGAGAAUACCAAAUGGAUUUAUGAUCACGAGGUUCAGGAGUUCAAUGUUACCCACCUACAACAGCUAUGGGCUAAUCAUGCUGUUAAAACCCACAUGCUGUAUAGUAUGCUACAAGGACUAGACUCUGUCAUGAUAACAUGUGGGGCAGGAGCAAAGAUGGAUGAAGCAACAGAGUGGAGAAACAUUAAGCCCUCUGUCAUAAAGCAAACUAGCGCCUUUGUAGAAGGAGUGAAAAUGCGCACAUAUAAGCCCCUCAUGGAUCGCCCUAAAUGCCAAGGACUGGAAUCCCGGAUCCAGCAUUUUGUACAGAGAGGACGCAUUGAUCACCCACAUUUACUCCACAAGGAAGAAACAAAGGCCAAAAGGGACUGUGCCGACACAGAAGAAGAAAAUACUGUUUUAGAGAAUCCAACAAAGAGGGUCUGUAUAAUAGAAGCAGAGAUUAACAGUACUGUAUAAUCCCAGCAAGCUAGGAUCUCUACCAGGAUCUAAGAAGCAACAAUCAGCUAAAAUUCUAAUGACUGGCUCUUAAAAAGACCUUACAAGUCUUAAACAGUAAAGGGUCUAAAUAUUCUCUAAUCCCUGUCCAAAAGAAUUAUGAAAUAAAAGCAAAAAGCACUUGUGAGCUAUAUAAGCCUCUGGAAAUCUGUGCCUUGUGUUCAAAUUCAUUAAAGCCUGAUCCCACAAAUAUCAUUUGUUAUUCCAAGGCAAAUGUAAUAACCACUGGUCUGAAAGAUCUUUGCCAAAAUGUCUUACUUUCUUAUUAAAUUCCAUCAAUUAAAGAUUGGAUAGAUGGGUUU